UUCAUGCGGAUGACAUUUCGCUCUUUUUUUCAAUACCGAGUCAAAUUAUCAAGUGAAAAUUGUAACGGUUAGAUGAUGGAUCCUAAUAAUUACGAAAGAAAAUCCGAUGACAGAGGUGUUUUUGAAGAAACGGAUAAAACGAUGAGUGAGCAGAAGAAGGAGACAGAUACUGAGAAACGUUUGGCUCGCUGCGCACGAAGAGCCGAAAGAAAAGCUAUAUGUCGUUGUGGCCAGAGAUCCAGAACUAGAACUAGAUCUAGAUCUAGAAGGAGGAAACGAAGAAUUGUCUCACAGAAUCCCUUUAUCAUCUUUUAUCUUGAGAUGUAUUAUAAAAUGCCUGACAAACAUGUGACAGAAGUCGCCCGACAGGCCGGCAAGGAAUGGUGCGCUUUGCCUCAGGAAGAGAGGAUGAAGUACAUACGUCUGGCAGAAAGAGAACAGAAAAGACGGAAGUCUGGAAGGGGACGGAGGAGGAUAAGAAGAAGGAGACGCAGACGUGGUCGAGACAGCGAUUAAACGUCCUAGAAAAAAAAUCCGUCGAAUGAGGUCAAGGUUGUGCUGGUGUACUUUAAGUGCUUCCACGUUUCGCUAAAAUCACAUACAGUUUUUCUUGAUUUUCCACGUAAGAAAUUGCAUGCGAACAUUUGUAAAUUGAAAAUACUCAGGCAAACUGUAUUCUGAAAUUUACUUAAACUGAA